GACUGGAGGUCACGUGUUUCUUGUCUGGAGGUGGCGCUUCAGUCUGCAGCUGAACUCUCCAGAACAAACAGACGAAACUGAAACUGGGCCUCAACAUCAGGAUAUGACCGAUUCUUCUUAGAAUAUGUGCUCAUGCCGUGUCGGUACGAGUGUAUAGAGUGACAUUGUUCACUUAACAGUUGUAAUGAAGAUCGAAAAGUUUUGAAAUCUUUACGUAGUGUCAAGAGCUCCUCCUCUGAACCUCAGCGGCCCCUGCCACAGUCACAGAGACGCUUGAAAUGGACACAGAUUUGAUUCCGGUCGGCCGCGGGGCCUCCGCGCACGGAACCGAGUCUGGCGGCGAGGAGGAAGAUGAUAUGAUGUGGGAUCGAGACUUGGAUCUACCAGACACGUGUGACGUCGAGAGGGCUGCCUCCCCGGCUCCAAGUUACCUGUCCAUGGAGAGUGGGACUAUGGACUUCAGCGGAUCAAACCCUGACCCUGACGACCUUACAACCAGGAUUGAGCUGGAGAGACCAGACUCCUGUGUUUCAAGCAUCUACUCUCUGGAGAGUGACGAGGACGUGGAGAAGGAGAUGAAGCCUGAACUCAGGGUCCGAAAGAAGGCCAAAGUCAUCCCAUACAACGCAGCUAAACCGGAGCUCGCCAUCGACCCCAACCAGAAGAGGCACCCAGCUCUGACCGUCAAGUUCACUUUCAAGUUCCUGGAGCAGGUCUUGAAGAAGCUGUCUGAGUCUCACCUGAAGUUCUUCAAGAAGUACCUGUGGGAGCGCUACCCUGAGUUCUUCAGAGACCCACUGGAUGGCCUGGACAUCCUCGACCUGGUGGACAAGAUGCUGGAGUGCUGUGACAUUGAAUUGGCCUUAAAGAUCACCACGCAUGUGGUUCAGUACAUGGGACAAAAGAAGCUUGUCGAAUACAUAACAGGACACCUUCAAAGGAAUGAAGUGCGCUACGCUUUGAGACAGCAGCUGAAACAGCAGUACAGCACCAUUUAUGAAGGCUGCCCCAAGCAGGGAGGGUCUGCAGACUUUGAGUCCGUUUACACCGAGCAUCACAUGACGGUGGGAAUGUACGCGCCCCCCAACAACGAGCACGAGCUGAGGGGGGCGGUGCAAGAGCUGAAGGUGGAACCCCGGUACAACUACAAGCCCUUGAAGAACACGGAGCUCUACGUCUCGUCGCUGGAGGAGCAGAAGUACCUGCGGCUCCUCGUGAUGAAGGGCGUGGCCGGCAGUGGGAAGUCGGCGGCGGCGCAGCGCUACAUCCUGGACUGGGUGGCGGAGACGGCCCACGAGCACAUCUACUUCGUGUUCCCUCUGUCGGGCGCCCGCAUGCUGCCCACGCUGGACACCGACACCACCUUCCACGCGCUGCUCACCGCCCUGUUUCCCUGUGUGGCGGAGCUCACUGACCUGGAGUUCGAGGACUGCCAGGUGCUGUUCAUCAUGGACGAGGUGGACGAGCUGGUGUACGAGCUGGACUUCCUGUACACGCACUGCUGGUGCGACAUGAACACCACGGUCAGCACCCGACUGCUGCUCAUCAACCUGAUCAAAGGGAACCUGCUGCACAGCUCCUACCUGUGGAUGGUCAUACGCGCGCUGGCCUCCUGCGAGCUCCCCAACGAUCGCAUCUCCCAGGUGGUGGAGGUGCGCGGCUUUGCCGAGGAGGCCCGCGAGGUCUACUUCAGAAAGAGGCACAGCAAUGACCCCGCCCUGGCUGAACGCAUGGUGAAAUACCUGCGGGCCAAUAAUACGCUCUUCAUCAUGUGCCACCUACCCCUGUUCUGCUGGGUCGUGUCCACUGUCCUCCAAAAAGUGUUCCAGAAGUUUCCGCCAGGCCAGGAGCCCCCUAGCACGAUAACCGAGAUGUACACACGCCUGGUGCAGGUGUAUUUCAACAAACGGGAGCGGCGAAGGUCGCAGUGUGAUGCGGUCGCUAAGAAGUGGGAGGAUGACCGGGUGCUGCUUAUGAAGAUGGGCAAGGUGGCGUACACCAUGCUGGAGAAGGAGAUCUUCCAAAUGGUCACGAGCCACUGGAAGGAGGACGAGAUUGACCCCCAGCAGGUUAUAGUUCACUGUGGACUGGUCACCGAGUACUACCGCGAGAAGUACAUCUUGUACCAAGAAAAGCUCCGCUGCUUCAUCCACCCCACUGUGCAGGAGUAUAUGGCUGCUCUCUAUGUGUUCCUCUCUUACAAAAACAGCGGCAAGAACGUCAUGGACACCAGCAAGAUGGCCAUGAUCAAGCUGCGGGACACAAGCCUGACGGACUUGUACAAAUACGCCAUAGAGAAAGCAGUGCACCCCAAAGCCUCCGCUAAGCACCACUACGACCUCUUCCUGCGCUUCCUCGUGGGCCUGGGUGCAGAGUCCAACCAGGGAAUUCUGGGUAGUUUUAUCAAUCAUGUAGGGUGCAAGGCCUCAGCCACGGAGGAUGCCGCCCGGCUCAUCAGAAAAAAGAUCAAGGAUAAUCCAGACCUGAAGAAAUGCUUGGAGGAACUUUUCCCUUUAGAAGGCCAAGGAAAACAAUAACUUGAUGACGCUAACAUAGAGUGCAUACAUGCCCUGUGACAUUCCAUGCCUUAUUUUUGAGAUAUUUUGAGAUUGUUGUUGAGGUUUUUGUGUAUUUUCAUACUUUCCUUUUAAGAGGAGCUCCGGGGAUGUGGGGGUGAAGAUAUUUUAACGUAUUUUGAUUAAAGUGAUUCCGUUACAGUUCUUAUGCUGUAAUACUUUGGUCAGCCCAUCAGUAGUGUGAUACUCAUAUCUCCCCGUUGCAGUUUGUAUUCUUUUUAAUUGGUAGGUGUGCACUGCUGAAAGGUUUUUAUUUAUCAAAGUGAAAAUAGUAUUUUUAAAUGUAUUGUCAUCCAAACAAGAUUUACAAGAGAGGUUGAUUGCAGGAGAAGAAACGGCGAGUCGCAGUGCUUAGUGCCAGGGAGCUUGACCAGAGAAGGAAGUCGCAGUGAAGUCGCAGUGCUUAGUGCCAGGGAGCUUGACCAGAGAAGGAAGUCGCAGUGAAGUCGCAGUGCUUAGUGCCAUGGGGGAGUAUGGUGAUCAGAGGAGGAAGUCACAGUGAUGUCACCGUGAAGUCGCAGUGCUUAGUGCCAUGGAGGAGUAUGAGGAUCAGAGGAGGAAGUCACAGUGAUGUCACAGUGCUUAGUGCCAUGGAGGAGUAUGAGGAUCAGAGGAGGAAGUCACAGUGAUGUCACAGUGCUUAGUGCCAUGGAGGAGUAUGAGGAUCAGAGGAGGGAGGAAGAGGAAGGAGUGAGAAAGCCCUUUAGUGAGAUCAUGCAUGAAGAGCUUCUGUCUGUUCACAUUCUAAAAUUGUGUUAUUGUCUUUCAUUUAUCUUUACUUAAUGUAUGUUUUAACGAACAUAUACUAUGUACUGGGAGAUAAAGUGCUCACAGAUGUCCCAAAGAACUGACAUAUAUAAGGGACAUCUUGUGUAAUUAUAGAUUCACAGAGACCUGGAGAAAAAGGAGAGCAAUGAAGCAGGAUGUUGACUGGUGUAUGUGACGAUCAGACCUCUGGAAUGGGAGCAGGCGUGUGAACAGUUGGCACGGUGUCUACAGCAUGCCUACACCAGUGUCUGCCUAUGUUCAUCUCCUACAACAUGCCUGUACCAGUGUCUGCCUAUGGUCAUCUCUCCACCCUGGGAAAGAAAUAUCAACAGAAUAUAUCAAUAUUGAAGCACAUCUUCAGUAAAAGUCUCGUAAAUGCAUUUUAAUAAUAUGGCCAUAGGUUGCAUGCACAGGACGUUAAAAAAGUGUCCAAAAAAGCAGAGAUGUGUGUGGAGGACUAACUGAUGACUAACUGACUAAUGUGUCACAUCUUUGAAUGCUCAUUCCACAGACUUUUCACAUUUAUAAAGUUAACACAUGAUGGUCACUCAUGAAGCGAGAUUGAUUUUCAUCGACAGCAAAAGGAUUAACACAGCAGUGAGGCAAUCAGUGUGGCCAAUCAAAGACUACAUUUAUACAACGAUGACUCAUGUACUGCCUCUUGAGGGACUCUGUGUAGGGUGCCUACUUAGGGACUCUGUGUAGGGUGCCUCCUUAGGGACUCUGUAGGGUGCCUUCUUAGGGACUCUGUGUAGGGUGUCUCGUCAGAACAGUUUCUGCUUUAAUUCACUCAUUGGUCUGAGAAUACAUGUUUGAUGUCUGUCAAGGUGAAAGGGGUGAAAAAUAAACAACUCCCUUUGUCUA